AUGACUCCCUCUACUAUAAACGGUCUCGCUAGCGUGUCUGUGGCUUAUAUCCAAGUAGUUAAGGGUUUAAUCUACGACAAAUUGAGUCUUAGCAAGAAGUCGUCAGGCCGGUUUGGAUUCAGUCUAGGAACAAGCGCUGAGAGCGGUAUGUCAGGCCAGGCGGCUGGGGUGUCCUCGGCCAGCGGAGGACCUAGGCGGGAGGUCAUGCCGAUACGAGGUUCGUUCUCCCAGGAGAGCCACCCUAUAUAUGUAGCCUGUAAAGUGUUCCCGCCCUUGUCCGACUCCGCCUUCAAGCACAGGCAGGGAGGCAAGCAGAGGGUCACGGGCGCCUGGGGUUGUUCAGACGUUUUUAGACAUUGGCAGAGUGCGUCGUCGGUGCUGAGAGAAGCCUUGUCCUCAAGCAACUCCAAACUCAUUGACACGAGAGGACUCCGAUUCGGCUAUCAUGAGGACCCAAAAGCAGCUGCCCGCUCCCCGCUCCCUGCUUACCCCUGCUCCCGCCCCUGCUCUCGGCCCCUGCUCCUGCUCCCCGUCCCUUCCCACCGACCUUGCUCCCCGUCCCUGCUUAUCCCUGCUCCCCGUCCCAGCUUACCCCUGCUCCUGCCCCCCGUCUCUGCUCCCUACUCAUACUCCCCACCCCCUGCUCUUUACCCCCUGCACCCUGCCCCUGCUUACCCCUUCUCCCCGUCCCAGCUUACCCCCGCUUCCUGCCCCUGCUUACCCCUGCUCAUGCUCCCCACCCCCUGCUCUUUACCCCCUGCUCCCUGCCCCUGCUUACCCCUGCUCCCCGCCCCUGCCCACCGGCCUCGCUCCCCGCCUCCUGCCACAACGCUGUGA